CGGUUAACCGUGUAUGUAAACAGUGGGAAAGCCACAGUUGAUUUUGUGUUAAACGACCAACACGGCUGUUUUGUGAUGAUCAGAUCAGAUUUCUGUCUGCAUCUGCGAAAUCAUUUAUUUUUCCAAAUUUCAAUCAUUCAAUAAACAACAAAAAUGAGUGCUAUAUUUAACUUUCAAAGUCUUCUCUCGGUGAUAUUAUUGCUAAUUUGCACCUGUGCCUAUCUGCGCUCCCUUUUACCAAGCCUCAUCGAUAGGAACAAAACCGGUAUGCUCGGUAUUUUCUGGAAGCUUGCACGAAUUGGUGAACGGAAGUCACCUUGGGUCGCAGUGGCCUGCGUUCUGAUGGCGGCGUCAAUAUUAUUCUAUACCUAGGCAUGCGAUUAACAGUCCGAAAAUCUAUGUAAGUUAUAUGUUCGACCUUCUAUUAACCAUUGAAUAUUGACAACAAAAA